UUGCUCCCACCACCACCUUUUUCUUCCUUCUUAUUCACAAGUCUCCUCCCACCCAAAUCCAUACAAACCCAAACCCAAACUCUCUCUCUCUCUCUCUCUCUCUCUGAAGAAGAAGAAGAAGUGAGAUGCAGUACUGUUCUUGAGGCCUGAGAAUUAAGUUUAUUACUUAUCACUUUGCCAUAUUUUCGUUAAGCGAUCGAUUAGUUGAAUGGCUACUCUUACUUCUCUUCAAGUUUGCAUGGAAUCAGAUUGGCUUCAGGGUGCCAUCCACGAGGACUCGCCAGGAAUGGAUUCUUCUUCACCAUCCGGGGAAAUGCUGACAUGCUCAAGGCCCUUAAUGGAGAGGAGGCUAAGGCCCCCACACGACCAAGCACUCAAAUGCCCGAGGUGCGAUUCAACCCACACCAAGUUCUGCUACUACAACAACUACAGCCUCACCCAGCCCCGCUACUUCUGCAAGACCUGCCGGAGGUACUGGACCAAAGGCGGCACGCUGCGCAACAUCCCCGUGGGGGGCGGGUGCCGGAAGAACAAGAAGGUCUCUUCCAAGAAAACGAACGAAAAUCACCAGCCCAACGGCUAUGGCGGUGGCCAGUUAACGCCCGGUUCGUCCAUGUCGAGCAGUCCGACAGAUCUCCAGCUGUCGUUCCCCGAUUUUCAAAUGUCUCACUUGACCAACAUGAUGGGGAGCCAUGGUGGUGUGGGGUUCGGAAACCCUAGUUUCAUGGAGAACAAGUACAAUGCCAUGCUUGAAAGCCCUAACCCUAGCAGGGCUAUUGAUUUCAUGGAGAGUAGUAAUCCAAGAAACCAUGAUUUUAUGGGGAAUGUGGAUCAGAUGGGUAUGGUGGGUGCAGGUGGGAUUGGUGAUCAUCAGCAAAUGAGCCAUGGUUUGGCUCCUAAUUACUUUCAUGCCCUUUGCUCUCCAUUUGGUGGGAUGUCUGUUGACCAAGGGCAUACUGGUAAUGGACCUUUCAUGCUUCCAUAUCAUGAAGGAAAUGACCAGGAUCAGAAUAUUAAUACUGUAGACGUGAAGCCAAACACCAAGCUUUUGUCCCUUGGGUGGCAUGAUCAAGGUUGUUCUGAUGCUGGGAAUAAUGAGCACUCUUUUGGGUACCUUAAUGGCCUUGGAUCAUGGACCGGGUUGAUGAACGGGUAUGGACCCUCCACAACAAACUCGUUAGUCUAAAUUAAUUGAAUCACCUGAUCAGCGUACGCAAUCAACGGUUCAGAUGAUUUGCAUUCUGGCUUUGAUGAUCAAUCUGCAACGUCUAUGGACCAUAAAAUCUACUAAUAGACUAAGUGCAUGCCUUUGUUCUUUUCAUCUUUUGGUUCUUUUAAUUGACUUUUAACUAGUAGGAGUGUGAAUGAGAGGGUGUGAGAUUCAAAAAAUGACUGCCUAGUGACAUAUGGUUGGUGUCUCCAUCUUGUUGUUUUAUAUUGGUAUGGUUGAACCUCUUAAUGCUUUUUUGUCUUAGUUGGUGUCUUUGGUGGAAGACAUUCCAAAUAGUGGGAUUUUGUUGAAAUAUCGAGGGAGAUAUAUAUAUGUAGUAGUUAUUUUUAGUUCCACAAGCUAGAAUGUGUUAGAAUUGUUAUCUUUA